AUGGAGGCGCAGAUCCGGGAGCUGCAGCAGCAGCUCGAGCAGCUCAAGAUCAAGGCGGGCUCGUCCGUCUUCGAUGCCUACCAGACGUCGCUCACGGCGCGGUACUGCAGCCCCGAGAUGUCGCGGCUCUUCAGCCAGCGGUCGCGCCACUCGACGUGGCGCAAGCUGUGGCUCUACCUGGCCGAGGCCGAGAGCGAGCUGGGCAUCUGCGCCGUCACCCCCGACGCGCUCGACCAGAUGCGCGCCCACCUCGUCCUCACCGACGCCGACUUCGAGGUCGCCCGUGUCGAGGAGAAGAAGCGCCGCCACGACGUCAUGGCCCACGUCCACGCCUUUGGCGCCGUCGCCCCCAAAGCUGCCGGCAUCAUCCACUACGGAGCUACGAGCUGCUAUGUCACCGACAACGCCGAGCUAAUCCUUAUGCGCGACGCAAUGGAUCUGCUCCUCCCCAAGCUAGCCAAGGUCCUUGACAACCUAGCCAAGUUCGCCGUCGAGUGGAAGGCCCUGCCCACCCUGGCUUACACCCAUCUUCAGCCAGCGCAGCUCAUCACGGUCGGAAAACGCGCCGCCCAGUGGGCGCAGGAUCUCAUGUUUGAUUUGGAGAGCAUCGAGCACGUUCGCCGCGAGCUCAAGUUCCGAGGCGCGCAGGGAACCACGGGAACGCAGGCGUCCUUCCUGGAAAUCUUCAACGGCGACGCUGCCAAGUGCGACCAGCUCAACAAGCUCGUCUGCAGGAAGGCCGGCUUCGCGGGCUGCUACGACGUGUCGACCCAGACGUACACGCGCAAGGUCGACCUGAUCAUCGCCAACGCCAUCACCGGCCUCGGCGCCACCACGCAAAAAAUUUGCGGCGACAUCCGCCACCUCGCCACGUGGAAGGAGCUCGAGGAGCCGUUUGAGAAGGACCAGAUCGGCUCGUCUGCAAUGGCGUACAAGCGCAACCCGAUGCGGUCGGAGCGCAUGUACAGUCUGGCGCGCGAGCUCAUGUCCAAGCCGGCGAGCUUCGCCAACACGCUGUCGGACCAGUGGAUGGAGCGGACCCUGGACGACAGCGCGAUCCGGCGCAUCGACAUCCCGUCGACGUUCCUGCUGGCCGACGCCAUCCUCAUGGGGCUCGACAACAUCACUAACGGGCUCGUCGUGUACCCGAAAGUGAUCGAGGCGCGCGUGCAGCAGGAGCUGCCCUUCAUGAUCACCGAGAGCAUCAUCAUGAAGCUCGUGGCCAAGGGCGAGUCGCGCCAGGAGGCCCACGAGCAGAUCCGCGUGCUGUCGCACCAGGCCGGCAGCGUCGUCAAGAACGAGGGCAAGCCCAACGACCUCGUCGACCGCAUCCGCGCCACCCCCUUCUUCGCGCCCAUCCUGCCCGAACUCGACGACAUGCUGCGCCCCGACCUGUACAUUGGCCGCAGCGUCGACAUUGUCGACCGCUUCUGCGGGCCCGGCGGCGUGCUCGAGCAAAAGAUCAGCCCGUACCGCGCCGUCGUCGACAAGGCCGUCACCGCCGAGCUCAGCGUUUGA